AUGUCGUUCCACCGUUUGGACUACGCUAUGGUGGGGUUGUGCAGGAAAAAGUGCAUGCACUUGUUUCCGCCAUGUGCCGAGUUCAACCAGCUUCAGCAGAUAGUCAUCUGCGAUCAGGACGGGGUGAUAUCUUGCCUCAGUCGACGCGACAAUCAAACGAUCGUAAGUGUCACGGCAUUGACGUGUUGUUCUGAACGUUGA